AUGUCGCCAGUUGACGGCUACUUCAUUUAUCUGGCUUCCCGCCUCGACAAGCUUCGACAGGGAGGCGAAACUGGAACCGGGAAUUGGCUGCAGGAGCUCAAGAGCUGGCCCCUCUGGCGAGCCGUCCUGGCAGAGUUCAUAGCCACGCUGCUUUUCGUGUUUAUAGGAACCAUGUCAGCCAUAGAUAUAGUCCCUUUUACAGACACAGCCGGAAAAUUCGUCAGGAUCGGCUUGACUUUUGGUCUGAUGAUUGCCGUGUGUAUCCAAAUGUUUGGUCACGUGUCUGGAGGUCACAUGAACCCAGCCGUCUCCUUGGCAAUGGCCGUUGCUAUGGAGAUUAGCCCAGCACGCGCUUUUCUUUACACGGCGGCCCAGUGUUGUGGUGGGGUGCUUGGUUCUCUUCUAUUGAAAGGUGUGACCCCUGGUGAUUUGAACGACAACCUUGGACUUACAACAGUAAAUCCUGACAUAAAUGUUGGCCAGGCGGUUGCGUGCGAGCUGGUGUUUACCUUUAUUCUAGUCAUGUCCGUAUUCGGAUGCACAGACCCAAACAGAGCCUUGUUUGGAAGUCCGGCCCUUGGUAUUGGACUCACUGUGUCCGUCCUUCACUUCGUCGCUGUUCCGUUUACCGGCGCAGGCUUUAAUCCCGCCAGAUCCCUUGCAGCCUCGGUCGUCUCGAAUAAUUUCGACGAGCAUUGGGUUUACUGGGCGGGUCCGAUGACGGGCGGUGUGAUGGCGGCGCUGGCCUACAAGUAUUUGUUCUCUCCCUACCAGAAGGCACCUUCCUUCUCCGAUACCGUCAGAGAACUUAUGGAAUCCAACAAUGUGAUCGUACUACCCAAGGACUACUUUGGCGAGCAGGGAAACACAAUGGACGAAUUUUACAAGUUCUGAACAAACAAUUCUAUUUUCUCAAAAUGGUGCAAGAAGUGUGUAUUCUUUUAU